UGGGCCUGUUUGCUUCCUCAGGUGGUGGUGCCCACGCGGGUCGGGCAGGCCUACGUCUAUGAGCCCCCCAAGCCGGAGCAGGACGAGUACGACAUCCCAAGGCACCUCCUGUCUGCGGGGACCCAGGAGAUCUACGAUGUGCCCCCCGUCAGAGGGCUGCUCCCCAGCCAGUACAGCCAGGAGGUGUACGAUACCCCUCCCAUGGCUGUCAAGGGCCCCAACAGCCGGGACCCCUCCCUGGACAUCUAUGACGUGCCCCCCAGCGUGGAGAAGGGUUUGCAGCCGCCCAACCACCACCUGGUGUAUGACAUCCCCCCCUCGGUGAGCAAGGACGUGCCCGAUGGGCCCCUGAGGGAAGAGACCUACGACGUGCCCCCCGCCUUCCUGAAACCCAAGCCCUUCGACCCCACCCGGCACCCGCUGAUCCUGGCGCCCUCCCCCAUCCCCGCUGCGGACCCCUACCCGGCCGAUGAUGUCUACGACGUCCCCCCGCCUGCCGGCAAGGGGACGCCCGCCGCGGCCGCCCCCCAGGAGAUCUACGACGUGCCCCCCGGCCUGCGCAAGCUGGGCCCCGGCCCCCCGGGCUCUGUCUACGACGUUCCCCGGGACCUGGCCCUGGCCAGCAGCCGGGCCGCCUCCCUGGAGGCCGACGGGGAGAGCGUCUACGACGUCCCCCCACAGGCCGACCGUGAGCCCCGGGCCGACGGCAAGCGCCUGUCCGCCUCGAGCACGGGCAGCACCCGCAGCAACCUGUCCUCCUCCUCGCUGGACGUGGUGCCCGUGAAGGAGACGUCGGCCGGGCGGGAGCCGCUGCCCAUGGACCUGGACGCCGCCAUGGAGGUGCUGGCCAAGCUGCAGCAGGGCGUGGGCGCGGCUGUGGCCCACCUCAUGUCCUUCGUCAGCGGCAGCGGCUGGCGGGAGCCCGACCUGCUGGAGCCCCAGAUCCCCGGCCUGCAGGCCGCCGUGGGGGAGGUGAAGGGCGCCGUCCGGGAGCUCUUGGAGUUCGCCCGCGGGGCCGUGGGCAACGCCGCCCACUCCACGGACCGGGCCCUUCACGCCAAGCUCAGCAAGCAGCUCCAGAAGAUGGAGGACGUCUACCAGACGCUGCUGGCCCACAGCCAGGCCUUGGACGGCUGCCAGUGGGCCCCCGGUGCCUUGGCGGCGGGGGGGCAGCCCCCGGGGGCGCCCGACAACCUGGACCGCUUCGUCACCUGCUCCCGGGGCGUCCCCGACGACACCAAGCAGCUGGCCUCCUUCCUGCACGGCAACGCCUCGCUGCUCUUUAAAAGGACCAAGCCGGCCGGCCCCGAGCAGCCGGGCCCCGGCCAUCCCCCCCCGCCCGCCCCGCCCCCCAGCACGGGCACCCCCGCCGACAAGGCCAGCAGCAUCCAGUCGCGGCCGCUGCCCUCGCCCCCCAAGUUCACCUCCCAGGACUCCCCAGACGGGCCCUAUGAGAACAGCGAGGGCGGCUGGAUGGAGGACUACGACUACGUCCACUUGCAGGGAAAGGAAGAAUUUGAGAAAACCCAGAAGGAGUUAUUAGAGAAAGGGAACAUCAUUCGGCAGGGGAAGGGGCAGCUGGAGCAGCAGCAGCUGAAGCAGUUUGAGCGGCUGGAGCAGGAGGUAUCCAGGCCCAUCGACCACGACCUCUCUGGCUGGACCCCCUCGCAGCCCCUAGCCCCCGGGCGGCCGGGGGGGCUGGGCCCCUCGGACCGGCAGCUGCUGCUUUUCUACCUGGAGCAGUGCGAGUCCAACCUCACCACCCUCACCAACGCCGUGGACGCCUUCUUCACCGCCGUGGCCACCAACCAGCCCCCCAAGAUCUUUGUGGCCCACAGCAAGUUCGUCAUCCUCAGCGCCCACAAGCUGGUGUUCAUCGGGGACACCCUGUCCCGCCAGGCCAAGGCCCCAGACGUCCGGAGCCAGGUGACCCACUACAGCAACCUCCUGUGCGACAUGCUCAAGGAGAUCGUGGUGACCACCAAGACGGCGGCCCUGCAGUACCCCUCCCCCACGGCCGCCCAGGACAUGGUGGACCGCGUGAAGGAGCUGGGCCAGAGCACUCAGCAGUUCAGGCGGGUCCUGGGCCAGCUGGCCGCCGCCUGAGAGACCCGGUCCGGCCUGUCGGGGACCAAGGGGGGCGGGGGCUCCAGCCAUUUAGUGACUCGGUCCACAGGGUGUGGGAAAGGCCCCUCCCUCCCUGUGGUCCCGGAUUGUAAAUGCUUUGUACAUAUUUGAAAGAAACAAACCCCAGGAAUCGGAGGCCUCCCUGAGGAGGCCUGAAGAGGCUGAAUCUGCUGCCCCUCCUCCUGCCCCCAGUGCCAGAGGCUGGGAAGGAGCAGAGCGCAAACACUAAAGAACUAUUUUUCAUUAUUGAUUUUCCAAUCAUUUGACUAAUGGCCUACAUUUAAAUAAAAAAAAAAACCAAACUAAAAGGACCCGAACCUUGUCUGUGAA